AAUUAACAUUCCUCAAAAGCCUGAUGAUAAUAUUCGAUACUCACAUUCAACAUGAUUUUUUCUAUUAAAUGAUGUCUGGAUAAUCAGGUAAAGCUAAGAUGCUUCAGUCCAAAGUUAUUUAUGUUUGGUUUUCAAAUAAAUAAGUACUGAUUUAAUGGCUAAAAGACGCCAUGUAGUAUAUUGUGAAGAAAAUACAAACCAAAAAUAUCCAACAAUGGCAACAUUCAUAGCAGGGACAUAAAUGAGAAGAGCUAAUACAAAAAUGGGAUCUAAUCCAGUGGGAAAAGCCUGACAUUAUUGGGAGAUUUUCAUGUUUCUGUGUUUGAGGCAUUUAGAAUAGAGUCACAGAGCAUGAUUGUGACCCAAAGCCUGGCGUCCUCUGGAUCCGCUAACCCAUGCGUGCUAUACAGAGUUUAGUAUAUUUAGUCAGAUUUCUGCUGGUGAGGAUUUCCUCAAGCAUCAGGUCCUCUGAGAUCGAUGCAUCUGGUGUGCUGUUUGCUUGCUUAAGAGCACUGAGGUGUUUAGAAAGGACUAACAGAGCAGGCCUUCUCCUUCUGUCAGUCUACUGUGAGAAGUCAGUGGGAAUGAGAGAAACAGAAGUGAAGUGGUGCUGCUUGAGCUGACCUGAGACAUCAGAAGUAUUUUCUACUCACUGGUUUUCCAGGAUGUACUGUAUGGACUAGAGUGAUCCAGGUUUUUUUCUCUGAGAUGUUUGACAACUAUUGGAGACUGGUUUCUAAAAAAGUUAUGGUUUGAAGUAAAGACAUCAGCAGCAUGAAUUCUGUGUUGUGUGGGAAAUACUUGUGCUGUGUUUGGGUUCAUUGCCAAUCUGUUGGAGUAAGAGACAUGACAGAACAUUAGUUCCUGAUCAAUCCCUCCAGUGCAUCAUGGGACAGGGCUGCUGUAAGCCACGGAGGCACAGAACACCACUACCACAAGCGGGUGAGAAAGACAAAGCUGCGAUGAGCCAUGAGUCCUUUCUACUUAUGGCCAACUCACAGAGUGACGUGGACGACUGGGUGAAGGCCAUCAGACGGGUCAUAUGGGCUCCGUUUGGAGGAGGAAUAUUUGGGCAGCGUUUGGAGGACACCGUACAGUAUGAAAGGAAGUUUGGUCCCCGUCUCGCCCCUCUCUUAGUGGAGCAGUGUGUGGACUUCAUCAGGGAACAGGGUCUCGAUGAAGAAGGUCUAUUCCGGAUGCCGGGACAAGCAAACCUUGUGAAGGAGCUCCAGGAGGCCUUUGACUGUGGAGAUAAACCUCAGUUUGACAGUAACACUGAUGUCCACACUGUGGCUUCCCUGCUGAAGCUGUAUCUCAGGGAGCUGCCCGAACCCGUCGUUCCCUUCUGCAAGUACGAGGACUUCCUCACGUGUGCUCAGAUCCUGGCCAGGGACGAGGAGGAGGGAAUACAAGAAUUAGGGAAGCUAGUGAUGACCCUUCCAGCCGCCAAUUACAACCUUCUGAAAUAUAUAUGCAAAUUUCUGGAUGAGGUGCAGUCUCACUCGAAUGAAAACAAAAUGGGUGUUCAGAACUUAGCCACCGUGUUUGGACCAAACAUCCUCCGUCCAAAGAUGGAAGAUCCUGUAGCUAUCAUGGAAGGCACCUCACUUGUUCAGCAUCUCAUGACACUACUCAUCAGCAAGCAUGAUCGCCUGUACGCCGAAAAAGACUCAGAAACCCCACAGAACCAGAUGGAGGUAAAGGACCAAAGCCAACAACAUCAGCAGUCCAACCUGGUGGACUGGAUCUCUGAGGAGGAUCUGCAGACCUGUAAGAAUGACAUCCCUCCCAGCAGCAGUGUCUCGUCUGCGGACACCACCAUCAGCUCCAAGGGAAAGGCAGAGACGGCCGUCAGCCCGAGUAAGCAGGCCAAGACGCUUCCAGGAUGGAAGUACACCUUCAAAGGAUCCUCUCCCCGGCCGCCGUCCACCAAAGUCAGUGGCUCCGCGGUGGACAUGUCCUCAGCCUCCAGCGGGAACUGGCUCAUGAACGGUCUGUCUUCACUAAGAGGACACCGUCGGACCUCGUCUGGCGAACGCUCCAGGGAGUCGGGCUCCUCUCAGAGACUGUCUACCUACGACAACGUCACGUCUUCGUCGAGUCUGGGCAGUGUGCUGAGUAUGGACAGCACGCCGUGGUCCACCUCCUCGUGUGAGACCUCCGUCCCAGACUCUGGGAGCGAGCCGUUAGGGACAGAAGACGGGCCUCAGACGGAGGCGAGCGCUCAGAGCGAGGAGGAUGAGAAGCAAGAGGACGUCAGCAGCGCUGUGGAGGACCACGCGAGUGCGUCCUGCAGUGAUAAUGGAAACAUAGCACCGGUCAUUAGAGUCGUGGAUGAAGACUCAGAUGCAAACAUGGGCCCUUCGUCCCUGGCCAGCGUCGUGGAAGACCUGAAAGAAGAGCUGAGGAGGCAGAAACAGACUUACGAAUCUAGAAUUCAAAAGCUGGAAGAGUCAAGUUCAGCUCUGUGUGCGCAGAUGGAGAGACUCCAGCAAGAGAUGGAACAGGAGAGGAAAAAGAAACGAAUGCUUGAGAUCAAACUGAGAAACUCUGAACGGGCCCGUGAGGACGCAGAAAACCGCAAUCGCCUCCUGGAGAAAGAGAUGGAAGACUUCUUCUCCACGCUGGGGGAUCUGGCUCUGGGAAGCCGUACCAGUGACAUUUAAUGCAAGACAAAUGAACGCACCCAAAGUCUCCAAAUGGACCAGAGCACUCAGGCAUCUCCAGAAACCACGUGGACAAAUUUGAUGAAUGGUGUUCAUCAAAUCAGUCCUAAGAUACAACUAGUUAAAGGCCUUCCAAUGUGUACCAGUUGAUAUUUUCGAGGAGAUACUCACCGUUUCAGCAAUGUAGCAUAUAUUAAAGCCAUUUUACACGUCGAUUUACACCGUUUACUUUCUAAGAAGUUUCAGCUUUAGGUGACACAGAAACAAACAGAACGUCUGAAACUGGUCUUUAAAUCGGUUAAAAUUAUAUCAUGGAAGAAUGAAAAUUAGAGCAGAUUCACUGGCUUCAGCGUGUUAACGUGGAAGGGUUCACCCCAAAAUAAAACUUACUCACCCUUAAGUCAUCCAAGAUGUAGAUGAGUGUGUUUUUUUCAUCAGAUUUGGAGAAAUGUAGCAUUGCAUCAGUGUCUCACCAAUGGAUGCUCUUCAGUGAAUGGGUGCCGUCAGAAUGAGAGUCCAAACAGUCACAAAAUAAUCCACACCUCUGGAGAAGACAAAACCUAGAACAAAUUCAUCAUUAAGAUGUUUUCAACUUCAAAUAGUGUCUUCUGGAAAAAGUACUAGUCUAUAAUCUUCCAGGGAAGAAACUGGGAAACUGGGAAAAAGGUUCAAAGUUGAAAACAUAUUAACGCUAGAUUUGUUUUAGCUUUUGUGUUCGGCAAAUCUGACGAAGAAACAAACUCAUCUAGAUUUUGGAUGGGGAGUAAAUUGGGUGAACGGUCCCUUCAAAGCAGACCACUGCCCUACAAAAACAUGUCAGUUUACAAAUAAAGUGGGAAAGUGAAUUUAUCGAGGUCUCACUCACUGAAAAAUGUCAUGCAAGCUUUUCUAACUUGCUCCAAAUCUUGGCAUUGAAAUGGUUUUCUUGCAUAUUUAGUGGUAUUUCGGCAACGUCAAAGUGACCGGCUUUGCCACAAAAAAAAAAAAAAAAGGAUUGAAAUGUGACUUUGUCAAUUGAUUGAAUUUUAUAUAUUUAUUUUACACUGUUUUAGUGUAUAGAAAUACUAGAAAUGCUCUGUGGAUGUUUCUUAAAGUGAGUGGUCAAAAACUGUCAUAGAUUUUGUAGACUCAGCUCAUUUUCUGAACUGUUUUCCGACUGCAUAGUAGGUCAUAUAUUAUAUAUUAGCAUGAUGGCCGGUUAACUUUCCAGGCUGCUGAUAUGAAUGUUUCAGGUUCGAUCUCAAGAAGAAGAGACCCAGAAACUGGACAUCACCACUGUGCCCUCAAGCAAACUGCUUCUUGCUGCUCAACAUGUUUCAGUUAUCAAUCCGUUUGGAUACUAUUUGGAUUUUACUAGAACAACAGCCUUUACAAUAGAUUUUAAUGCAUAUUUAGAGUAUGUGAAGAUGUUAUACAUCAUGAUUAGACUAUUAUACUGUGGUCAUACAUGACGAUUAGACUUUGUGCUGUGUUGAAAUGUUACCAAGUGUCACUGUGGUGGUGUGUGGUUGUUCAUAAAGGACUUAUAAAUUAAACAAAUGGAAAGGAAUGUACCUCUUGUGAAAUGAGACUAAAUAAAAUGGACUAAAAAUCUUCAAUGUUUUGGA